AUGGGUAAAAAAGAGGAGGAAAAAUUAAAUGUGUUGAAAGAGGAUAUCGCUAAGUUAGAAAAACAAAUGGAGGUUCGGGAGUUAGAAGAGAAUGAGAUAUGGGUUUGGGAAGAGAGUAGGAAGGAGUUGGAAAAGCUUAUUUGGAAGGCGUCCAAUGCUAUACCGGGUUUGGUGGUAAAUGGGGGUUGGGUUUCUAAGCCAUCUCUUGUCAAGAAGGAAGUGUUGUGUUUCUUUCGUAAACAUUUCACCGAAUCUAAUCAUAAUCGGCCAUAUUUUCUUUGUGAUGAUUUGAAACAGAUUCCAAAGGAGAGCAUUGACGCGAUGAUUGCUCCAUUUUCUAAAGAAGAAAUCAAAGAAGCGGCAUUUGGUUGUGGUGCGGAUAAAGCCCCGGGCCCGGAUGGUUUUAAUUUCAGGUUUAUCAUGCAUUUUUGGAGUUUUCUGGAGGCUGAUUUUAUCAACAUUUUUGAUGAGUUUUUCAAGUCUGGUAAGAUCAGUAAAGAGUGUAGUACAUCAUUCAUUACUUUGAUAGCAAAGACAAAAGUGCCAAUGGGGUUAAAAGAUUACAGACCUAUCAAUUUAAUUGGUGUGAUUAGUAAGAUUAUUUCAAUGGUUUUGGCGGCUCGAAUCAAAAAAGUUAUUGGGAAGGUGAUCUCAGAAACUCAAUCGGCAUUCUUGAAAGAUAGGUUUAUUUUGGACGGUCCUUUAGUCCUUAACGAAAUCAUUGUAUGGGGGAUUCUUCAAUCGGCUAGAUCGGCAGUGCUUGUUAAUGGGUCGCCUACGUUUGAGUUUCAAUGUCAAAAGGGGCUCAGACAAGGCGAUCCUUUAUCCCCUUUUUUGUUUCUUAUUGUCAUGGAGGCCCUAGCAUGUAUGAUUACUAAGGCUUGUGCUUUGGGUGAAUUUGAAGGAGUGAGGGUUACGAGUGGGGGUCCGAUUGUUUCUCAUAUGUUGUAUGCAGAUGAUGCCCUUAUAUUGGACGAUAUGGAGAUUGGCUCAAUGGCUAAAUUAUUGGGGUGUGGAGUUGGAGGGUUGCCUUUUGAUUAUUUGGGUAUAAAAGUGGGAGCUAAUAUGAACCGGAUUUCCAAUUGGGAUCCGGUUAUGGAGUCGAUUCGUAGUAGACUAUGUUCUUGGAAGGCGAAGCUUUUAUCCAUUGGAGGUAGAAUAACUUUGAUUAAAUCGGUGUUAACUAGCCUUCCGGUGUACUACUUAUCAUUGUUUAGAGCCCCGAAAGCGGUGGUAGAUAAUAUUGAAAAACUUUUGAGACAUUUUCUUUGGGCCGGUUGUAAAGAAGGUAAAAGUUUACAUUGGGUUUCUUGGGAUGUGGUUACUAGACCGAAAAAGAAUGGUGGGUUGGAUAUCUCAAAAAUUUUUGAGGUUAACACGGCGCUUUUAGCUAAAUGGGUGUGGCGUUUCAAAAAUGAUAACAAUGGUAUGUGGAAGCGGUUGAUUGAAUGCAUUCAUGGGGGUAGAAAUAGAUGGAUUUUUAUCCCGGUUAAUAAUUCUUAUCAAGGAUGUUGGAAGUCUAUUGGUCGCUUUUUGGAUGGUUUAAUUAUCAAUGGGCAAUCUUUCAGAUCUUUGUUUAAAGGUAAAAUUGGUAAUGGUAAUCGUCUGAGGUUCUGGAAGGAUGUUUGGUGGGGGUCGACAACCUUAAUGGAUAGAUGGCCGAGGCUGGGCGACCAAUACCUCUCUGUUGAAGCCAUUUCAGAGAUGCAGGAUAUGAAUUACAUGCUAUCGCAGGUCAAUUUAACAGAUAAAGACGAUGUAUGGUCCUGGAAUGAUGGCGGCAAUGGAAAGUUUUCAGUCGCUAAUGUUAAAACUUGGGUUCGAGGAUCGGUUACUGGUCUGCAGAACCGUAGCAUGAAGUGGGAACCUUGGGUACCUUUAAAAGUGAAUGUUUUCAUAUGGAGGUCGGAUCAAGAUCGGAUUGCGACUCAUGUAGCAUUGAUUAGAAGGAAUAUAAAUAUCCCGGAUUCUAAGUGUCCCCUAUGCGAAACGGAUGAAGAGUCGACAGACCAUCUGAUGGUCCAUUGUGGUUUUGUUUUUGGCGUUUGGAGUAAAAUAUGGAGUUGGUGUAGGAAAAGUGGUUGGUAUACAUCUUCGGUCGAUGAGCUUCUUCGGAUGCAGAUUGUGUCGUUCUUGGGGGUAGAUACUAGAGCCACAUCAGGUUCUAUUGUUGCUGACAAGAACUGUGAAAAGAUUUAUAAUCUGGCUCCAAACAUCCUUUGCUGUGGAGCCGGAACUGCUGCUGAUACAGAAGCCGUCACAGACAACAUCAGCUCUCAGCUGAAGCUGCAUAGAUAUCAUAUUGGUCGUGAAUCAAGGGUUGUAACAACACUUAUGUUGUUAAAGUCUCAUCUUUUCCGUUACCAAGGUCAUGUAUCGACUGCUUUGGUGCUCGGUGGAGUUGAUGUAAACCCUAGAAAUUUGGGGAAGAUGAUGGAGUGA